CAUUCCGCGGAGCCUGGUGAGGACUGGGGUGAAGCUAGGCUCGACCAUAAUUCCGCAUUAGGAAACGUCCAGACAACUAGCUUUGGCGAUCAGCAUGCCCAGUGCACAUGGCUUGCUACCCCACGGAUUUUCCGACAAGUGCAUGUGAGACAUUCUUCGCACCACGUUUGCACUGUGCAACUUGACGGCUUGCGGUACCGGUACUGA